CAGGAGCACUCCACAUGAGUAAGACCACAGGGAACGAGACGACUAGGCCUCAUUUAUUAAAAAACACACCAAAUACAUUUAAAGACUAGAUGAAACAUACAUUUAAAAAAAUAAAAAUACAAUGUACAGCACCAGAUGUCUUUGUAAAUUUGAAAACACCAACCCUAAUCAGGAACAGGAGAUUGUUCACUGAGCUCACAAGCGGUUCAGUGACCAGAUCCACAGGCUACAACCCCUUCUGAAUUAUUUACAACUUCUACAGGGUACCAUCAAGCCUCAAAAAUUAAAAAUCAACCAGCAAAGACAGAAAGGUGAAGGUGCAGGAGCUGAUAAGCCCUGGUGGGUUGUGUGAUACACAGAAAAGGUGAACAUAUGUGGAUUUACAACUGUCACUUAACUCCAAACAUAGAGUCCCCACAAUGCCUCCUGCAACUGCUGCUGAUCUAGGCUACACUCCUCCUGAUGGAGGUUGGGGCUGGGCCGUGGUGUUAGGCUCAUUCAUGUCAAUCGGCUUUUCAUACGCCUUUCCCAAAUCCCUUACCAUCUACUUCAAGGAAAUCCAGGAGUAUUUCUUGAUCUCCUACAGUGAGAUUGCAUGGGUCUCCUCUAUCAUGCUUGCUACCAUGUAUGCUGGAGGUCCAGUGAGCAGCAUACUUGUCAAUCAUUAUGGGAGCAGGCCAGUGGUCAUUGUUGGUGGCCUAAUGACUGGGGUUGCAAUGAUAGUUGCUUCCUUUGGCACAACCAUUGUGCAUCUAUACAUAUGCAUUGGAGUCAUUGGAGGUUUUGGCCUUGCCUUUAAUCUGCAACCUGCCCUGACCAUUAUUGGAAAAUACUUUCUUGUGAAACGGCCCAUAGCAAAUGGUUUGGCCAUGGCAGGAAGUCCAGUAUUUUUGUCCACUCUGGCACCACUAAACCAGUUUCUAUUUGACAACUUUGGCUGGCGAGGAAGUUUCUUCAUCCUGGGAGCCAUACUGCUGAACUGCUGUGUGGCAGGAGCACUAAUGAGGCCUAUUAAGAUAAAAGAAAAUACAUGGCAAAAUCAAACCAGUGGUGGCAAUGAAUCACAAAAAGAGAAUAGUGAUUCUCAAAAAUCUACCUUAGCAAGUGAAAAGCAACAGACAUCAAGUAGUACAUGUGUGAACAAAUUUAUUGACCUUUCAUUAUUAAAGCACCGUGGUUAUCUUAUAUACCUGGUUGGGAAUGUUGUGAUGUUCUUUGGGUUCUUUGCUCCAGUUGUGUUCUUGGCACCCUAUGCCAAGCAUCAGGGGAUUGAUGAGUAUUCUGCAGCCCUCCUUCUCUCUAUCUUUGCCCUGGUAGACAUGGUGGCUCGGCCACUGACUGGCCUGGUGGCCAACACAUCAUGUAUCCGGCCCAAGAUUCAAUACUUCUUCAGCUUUUCUGUAGCAUUUAAUGGGGUGUGUCACCUGGCAUGCCCUCUGUUGCCUGGGUAUACAGCUCUGGUAGUAUAUGCAAUCUUCUUUGGGUUGGCCUUUGGAAUGCUGUGUGCACUGCUUUUUGAAGUGCUAAUGGACUUGGUGGGAGCACAACGGUUCUCCAGUGCAGUUGGACUUGCCACUAUUAUAGAAUGUGGUCCUGUUCUUCUUGGACCUCCAAUUUCUGGUGCAUUAGUGGACAUCUUCAUGGACUAUAAGUACAUGUACUUUGCAUGUGGCAUGAUGAUGCUGAUCUCUGGACUUUUCCUCUUCAUUAUGAAUUUUUUUAACUACAGAUGGUUGGAGCAGGAACAGUGCAAGCAGAAGCAGGAGGAUCUGCAGAUUGGAUUAGCCGAAGAACUUGUUGCUAUGGUUAUUGAUAUUGAUCAAGAUAUCAAACAGAGUCAGGAAGAGCAAGUUAUGGGUGCAGCUAGUAAAGAAGCAUAAUGUUUUGCACAGGUUUUAAACUGAAAAAGCAUUCAUACACAUUUUUAGAUAUUGGAAUAUGUGCUUCUUAAGAUUAGUAUUAUAUUUUUUAUUUUUCAUGGACCCUUCACUGGCAGCUCGUCCUCAAUUCUUGGUACUAAUUACUGGGGUUUUACUCUUUAAAGUCUCCACCCACCUGUGUUUUUCGUAUCUGUUUUCCUUGGCAUUUAAUCUGUUCUGACUCUCAAAUACAUUAAAUAUGUUGUCCAACUCAA